AUGGCAUACCAAAAAGCAAUCGGAUUGCUUCAACAGUGCCGGCGGCCAUUCCCCGAUUCGUCGGCGACGCUAUCGUCGUCGCCAAGUGUCAAUGCUUCUACCUUGAAAGGGUCAGAACCUCUCCUUGGUAUGAGAGACUGGCUACUAACCCUUGGGCAUGAUUCCGAAAAUAUUAAUCGCUUGAAUGUCAUUCAUGUCGCCGGCACAAAAGGCAAAGGUAGCACAUGCGCCUAUGUGGACUGCUUCUUGCGUGAGCAUGCGAAAAGAAAUGGACUUACGCGGAAGAUCGGUCUGUACACAUCGCCUAGUCUGUGGCCUCGGAAUAGAAUCCGAAUUGAUUCGAAUCCAUUACCAGUGGAUCUCUUCGCCAGGCGUUUCUUUGAAGUAUACAGGGGCCUGUCUCUCAACUCUGACGCGUUGCCAACCGAUACCAAGACCCCUGGGUUUCUCCAGAUGUUGGCCAUCUUGGCGUUCCACACGUUCAUUGAAGAAGGCGUCGACGUUGUUAUCUGCGAGACCCACCAUGGUGGUCAGUUCGACGCAACAAAUUUCGUUGAUCGUCCUGCCAUCACUGCCAUAACGAAGAUUGGCAUGGACCACGUUGAAAACCUAGGAAGGACCUUGAAGCAUAUUGCAUGGCAUAAAAGUGGAAUCUUUAAAAAGGGGGUUCUUUCACUCUCAGUUUCGCAGGAUCAAGAGGUAGAAAGCGAGAUUGAGCGCCGGGCUUUAGAAAUGGGCUCAUCACUCCAAUUCAUCAGAGAUGUUAAGGGGACGUUGCUUGAAUUCGUUAAAGACGUUCACAUUGAAGACCUGCCACUUGAACAGCUAGAAAACUGCGCGCUGGCUAUACAAAUUGCUCAUAGGUUUCUCUACCUAUGUGAUCACUCGCUCGAUGGACAGGAUGUCCUAGCUGGUAUUGAGAAGUGCCGCUGGCCAGGACGCUUCGACAUUAUCGAUUACAGUGGCUGCACGUGGUAUUUAGACGGAGCACACAACGAGACAAGUAUGGCAGUAGUCGCAAAAUGGUAUAACCGGGUGGCCAGUACGAGCUCUGUCCGAGUUCUUAUCUUUGCUCAUUUUUCGCCGAAGCGAACGCGUGACUGGAAAGAUAUACUAAAAACGUUAGGGAACUCUCUACAAAUGCAAAUUCAGCAUGUUAUAUUCGUCGAAAAGAUUGAAUAUGACGAUCAUUUUGCCACUCCGAGUGGAUGGCCGGAAGAAUAUGCCCAGUUCUGGAGGGAGCAUUGGCCUACAAAGACCAUUUAUAUGGCACAUAAUGUCAGAAAUGGCAUUGAUCAUGCCAAGAUGAUUGGUAUAGGAGGACAGAUCUUGGUGACAGGAAGCCUAUACUUGGUAGAAGCCGCCCUGGGGAUAGUCAAGAAUGAGCCUUGCUAG